AUGGUUAAACCGAUGUUUGAUGAGGAGAACGCGCAACGAUUCGACCCGAAUCCAUGGAGGAAAUUUUACGUCAAAGAUGUGCCCGCCGAUUGGGAUGAGUGGCGGCUCUUUUCGGCUUUCUAUCAACUCGGACUCGUCGACAAUGUCGCGAUGGGAACAACCGUUCGAAAUGGAGUUCAAAAUGCCUUUGUCACGAUGUUACGCUUAGAAGAUGGCGAUAAGAUUCGGAACGAGUUGAGAAACAAACGACAACUGACGAUUGAUAACACUACACUUAUUGUGGAACCGUUCCUGGGGAAAGAUCAACUGCACGAGAAAGAAAACAACAACAACAGCAACAACGAUGAAGCGAUAAAAGCCCCGAGAAAGUUCUGCGAACUCAAGGAGAAAAAAGGCUCUCCUCUCCCAGCAAACCAAAACAGAAACAAACCGAUCCCCGUAUCAUCCACCAUUACUGCCACCAAAACGACUGUUGCUCGACACCCGACAACUCGAACGGAACCCUAUCGAAUCAUCCACGGAGAUCUUCCGUUGUUGAAGCCACAAGUCAUUGAGAUUGUCGAAGCGCCACGCAAUUUUCUCGAUGAUGACAGGAAACUCACGUUUUUCUGUCGAAUCAAGGACUUUGAAAAUGAAUGUUAUGCAAACAUGCAGCGAGCUAUUAACGUUCAUGCGUCUUCGCGCCUACCAGAUGAUAUCGGUCCAGAAGUGAAUGAUUGUUGCAUUGUGACGUUGAACAGUAUCGCUUACCGAGCACGGAUCAUUCAAAAAGGGGAUUAUCUUUAUGGAUAUCUCGUCGAUUUCGGAAAAACGGUGAUUGUCAUGAAUACGUGGUUGAUCAACAACUCGAUGUAUCAAAGGUCAUUAAACUUUCAUCUUCCACAAACGGUGAUUCAAUGUCAAUUUGCCGACGUGCUUUUCAACGACCAAAAUAGUGUGGACAUUGUGCGAAAGCGUCUCAAUGAAAUGAAAAGAAGUUCAACAUUGAAGCUGGUGUGCACAACUAAAGGAUAUCAAGGAUCCGUGAAUCUAGUGAAAUUAGUCGUGACAGAUACAGAUAAACGAUCCGAUGAUUUCUUAUCGUGGGUAGCUAAGAAUGACAACAUUUCGUUCACGCGCACUGCCAAAAAUGAUGAGUCGUUAGUUUAUACAAGAAAUCAACUGAUGGAAUAUCAAAAAGUUCCAAGUAUUACGGAAAUGAGCCAAUCGCUCAACGAAGCAUUAUUCAACCAAGGCAAGCUCUUCAUCGUUUCACCAAAGAAA